CCCCGCGCAGAUGAAGGUACAUCGUAAUAUCAUAAGAUAAAUAAAUAGGCUAUAUGUACUUCGAAAUAUGCUUCUCCCCUUCAAGGCAAACGGGACAACCCUUUCGUAACACGUCAUUUCCUCUGUAAACAGAAAACAGGAAAUAAAUGCUCGCUGUCUGCAAACGGCUUCUGAAAGCAUGGAGGGUUUGAAGUCCUCGUGCAGCACCAUGCAGGUGAGUUUUGUGUGUCAGCGCUGCAGUCAGCCACUGAAGCUCGACACAUCCUUCAACGUGUUAGACAGAGUGACCAUCCAUGAGCUCACCGCUCCAUUAGUGACAGUAACAGCCAGUAAACAGUCAGACAGCAGUGAGGGGAGCAGCAUCCCUGAGGAGACCUUUGUGGAGAGUAAACAGGAUGGCGUCGCCAGAAAAUACAUCCCACCCGCAAGGAUGAUGUCAACUGAAAGCACAAACAGUUUCACUCUUAUUGGAGAAACUUCAGAUGGAGGCACUAUGGAGAACUUGAGCCGCAGACUGAAGGUGACAAGUGAUCUGUUUGACAUCAUAUCUGGUCAGACAGAUGUCGAUCAUCCACUGUGUGAGGAAUGCACUGACACACUCCUGGAUCAUCUGGACACACAACUCAACGUCACUGAGAACGAGUGUCAGAAUUACAAGAACUGUUUAGAACUGCUGUCUCAGCUGCCAGAGGAAGAGGAAGUCAGUCUGUUAAAUGAACUACAACAGCUGAAACAAGAGGAAGAAUCUCUCAUCCAGGAGCUGGAGAGUAUCGAGGUGCAGCGUGAAGCUGUUGCUAAAGAUCUGGCAGAGGGCCGGAGCCACAGCCAACAGCUGGACACUGAAGAACUGCAGUAUCAGAAGGAGUACUGUGAGUUUAAGCGGCAGCAGUUGGAGUUGGAUGAUGAUAUUAAGAGUGUGGAUAAUCAGAUGCGAUACUGUCAGAUUCAGCUGGACAGACUCAAGAAGACCAACGUUUUCAACGCCACUUUUCACAUCUGGCACAGUGGGCAGUUUGGAACGAUAAAUAACUUCCGGCUGGGCCGAUUACCCAGCGUACCGGUGGAGUGGAAUGAGAUUAAUGCUGCCUGGGGUCAAACUGUGCUUCUUCUGCACGCUCUUGCAAACAAGAUGGGGUUACGCUUUCAGAGAUAUCGACUAGUUCCAUAUGGAAAUCAUUCCUAUCUGGAAUCUCUCACAGACAAGUCUAAGGAGUUGCCGCUGUAUUGCUCAGGUGGUCUGCGCUUUUUCUGGGAUAAUAAAUUCGACCACGCUAUGGUGGCCUUUCUCGACUGCGUCCAGCAGUUUAAAGAGGAGGUGGAGAAGGGUGACACAGGCUUCUGUCUGCCAUACAGAAUGGAUGUGGACAAAGGCAAGAUUGAGGACACUGGUGGAAGUGGAGGAUCUUACUCUAUUAAGACUCAGUUUAACUCAGAGGAGCAGUGGACCAAAGCCCUCAAGUUCAUGCUCACCAACCUCAAAUGGGGUCUGGCUUGGGUUUCCUCUCAGUUCUACAGCCGCUAAAUAAAACUGGACUGAAAUCUGAUCCACCUUACCAAGAAACCACAUGAAAUUGAGUGAUGGAGUAUUAGGAUGAUAAUGGACUUUUUUUGUGAACUCAAAGUUUCAAUCACAAUGCAACGGUAAAAGGACUAUAUUUAUCUAUUAAACGUAAGUAGUCCUUUAGAAGGAUUUAUUUGUUGUAUUCACUUCAUGCUGUCGAAUUAAAAAGCAUUUCAGGCAACUUGUAAAGUUCACAAGUCCACUCUGUCAUGUGCCAUUUAUUAUGAAAUAUGAAAUGAACCUGCAUCUGUAUCUCAGUACUUCACACAUGCUGUCACACCAAUAGCUUCUUAGAUCUGUGUUGACAAGAUAUUCAUGCAGCCAUGAAGAGCUGUCCAGGGCUGAAAAGUCUUUGUAGUUACUCUUUCAGUCACAGAUUCCAGAUUAUUGGUUAGGUGUUAGAAUUAUAAAACAAACCAAAAGGGAACUUCUGGUUAACAUUUUUCUCUAUAGCAGCUAAUUCCUGACUGAUUAUUUUAGAUAAUCUUUCAAGAUUUUGGUAAUAUCUUCAUUGACGGUUAUUAUUAGAUUAGCUCUGAACUGGCUCUAGGCACAAUGAGCUAACGUAGCAAACUAAAACACUCUCACCUUUUAUUUUUCUGAUACUUAAGUUUCUAUUGCUAAGCUUAUCCUUAUAGGAAACACAAAUAUGGUGAAAUUCUCCCAUUUAGGUUGCAAAUUGUUUGCAAAAUGUCACAUUUGCCUCUAAAAACAUUUCCAAAACAUAUUGUAUGGAAAUGAAAAAGAUAGGUGCACAGUGAUACAAAUGACUGGUUUUAAUUUCUGAAUGCACUUCUGUAUGACAAACACUUAUUCCACAGUUUAGCUGCUCCACCACUGAAUCAAUAAUAAUAAAAGUUAUAGAAAUUCUAUAACCCAAAUUCUAUAACCCAAACCUUCAUCACCCUUUGCACUCUAUCCUUUCCUUCACAUUGAUAGAUUGUGUGUCAUUAGAAUAUUACAUCAGUUGGAGGUGGUGCUUGUGUGAAUGCUGGAUGUUGUGGGAGCUGGAGGCCAGUGUUGUAGUACACGAGACUGAGUCCAAGACCAAAUUUUCAUGGUCUUGGUCUUGUCAUGGAUUCGACCCUCAUCUGUCUUGGUCUUGACUCGAACACAAACUAUU